AGAGGAAGCAAAUUUAUGAGUUCUUUAAUCCCAGACAGGCAGCUCUGUGGCAGUUACCUUCAAGAAAAGUUCACGCCCCAAAGGAGUGUUUAGUCUUACAGAGCCACUGACUCACUGAGCAGCGUGUGUGAGUGGCUGUGAGGGAGAAGGGGAGAGAUGAAGGAAAAGUUUUGCUUCCUUAUGAAACUCGUAAUAUUAUUCUUUUAGGACGUUUUUGAAAAGAUGACUGCUACUUUUGUUUAAAGUAUUUUUUCUGGAAUUGCUGAAGCUGGAGUCUACCAGACUGAGGUCAGGAGCAUUUUUUUUGGCAGCAAGAAGAUACUUUUAUAGAAGCCAUGCCUGUACUUGGGGUUGCCUCCAAGCUAAGACAGCCAGCCGUAGGGUCAAAGCCUGUUCACACUGCCCUCCCGAUACCCAGCCUUGGCCCCGCCGCCUCGCAGCAGUACUCACCAAAGGCUUUGGAGCUUACUGGGGCGGAGAGCUCGAUGCUUUCUUGUCAGCUCACAUUAAAGUCAACCUGUGAUUUUGGAGAGAGGAGAGCACUUCGAGGAAAAACCCAGGAGCUCGAAGACAGCAAGAUUUACACUGACUGGGCUAACCACUACCUAGCAAAAUCUGGCCACAAGCGGUUGAUCAAGGAUUUGCAACAGGACAUUGCAGAUGGAGUUCUGCUAGCAGAAAUCAUCCAGAUCAUCGCAAAUGAAAAGGUUGAAGAUAUCAAUGGCUGUCCCCGGAGCCAGUCUCAAAUGAUUGAGAAUGUUGAUGUCUGCCUUAGCUUUCUGGCAGCCAGAGGCGUAAAUGUCCAAGGUCUUUCUGCAGAAGAAAUAAGGAAUGGAAAUUUGAAAGCCAUUUUAGGGCUGUUUUUCAGUUUAUCUCGGUAUAAACAGCAACAACAUCAUCAGCAACAGUACUACCAGUCGUUGGUGGAGCUACAACAGCAAGUCCCAUCACCUCCAGCUGAAAGCAGCCAGUCCAAAACGCACCAAGAUAUGCAGUCGAGUCUCACAGCCAGAUAUGCAACUCAGUCUAAUCACAGUGGAAUUGCAACCAGUCAAAAAAAGACUUCUAGGCUUCCAGGACCCUCAAGGGUGCCAGCUGCAGGCAGCAGUACCAAAGUCCAGGGAGCUUCUAAUUUAAAUCGGAGAAGCCAGAGCUUUAACAGCAUUGACAAAAACAAGCCUCCACAAUAUGCAAACGGAAAUGAAAAAGAUUCACCAAAAGGCCCUCACCCAUCUGCAAGCAUGAAUGGAAAUGUGCAGCAACCCACCAGCACUGGGCAGCAGCAGGUCUCUGCCAUACCCUCUCCAAGUGCCAACAAGCCUUGGCGCAGCAAAUCCAUGAAUGUCAAACACAGUGCAACCUCUACCAUGCUGUCUGUGAAGCAGCCUAGUCCCGCAACCUCCCCUACUCCAUCUUCAGACAGGCUCAAGCCACCCCCUUCUGAAGGUGUGAAGCCUCCUUCAUCUGGACAAAAAUCUAUGCUGGAAAAAUUCAAGCUGGUUAAUGCUAGGACUGCUCUGAGACCUCCUUUGUCACUGAGCUCAGGACCCAGUGACAGUGGGAGAGAGGAUGAUACCUUUUCAGAAUGUGGUGAAAUGGAUGUCUUAAGUGGUGGGGUGAACAGUGGAGGCUCCACAAGUAGCAGUCCUAAAAUAUCGCCGAAGUUAACCCCUCCAAAAGCUGGAAGCAAAAAUCUCAGCAAUAAAAAGUCUUUGCUACAGCCAAAGGACAAAGAGGAAAAGAACAGGGACAAAAACAAAGUUUGCACUGAGAAAACAGUCAAGGAAGAGAAGGACCUGGUCACUGAAACAUCUACAAAGAAGAGCUCAAAAAUUGCAAGCUUAAUCCCAAAAGGAAGCAAGACGACAGCAACCAAGAAGGAAAGUUUAAUACCAUCUUCUAGUGGGAUCCCAAAACCUGGAUCCAAGGUGCCAACGGCAAAGCAGAGCACUUCAUCCACAUGCCCGGGAAGCAAGGAGGUUGAAAAACUGAGGACUACAAAAGGAAACCAGUCCCAAUCAACACCCAAAUCUCAACUUAUUGAGAAGGCUUCUCCUUCCUCUGGUCUUGCUUCUUCUGAAGGGAAAGAACCAAGUGCAGCUCUCACCCCGGGGUCCUCCACGGCUCUGUCAGCCUCGAUGGCUACAGGCAGUGGCCAAGGCACAGGAAAUGGUGUUGUCCAGCUUCCCCAGCAACAGCAAUACAGCCAUCCCAAUACUGCCACGGUAGCUCCUUUCAUUUAUAGAACUCUCUCAGAAAAUGACAGUACCUCUUUACCACCUGCUGACUCCUGCACCAGUCCCACUAAAAUGGAUUUGUCAUUCAGUAAGACUGCCAAACAGUGCCUAGAGGAGAUAUCUGGGGAAGACCCUGAAACAAGAAGAAUGAGAACUGUAAAGAAUAUAGCAGACCUGAGACAGAAUUUGGAAGAAACUAUGUCCAGCCUUAGAGGGACCCAGAUAAGCCACAGCACAUUGGAGACAACUUUUGACAGCACUGUGACCACUGAGGUGAAUGGGAGAAGCAUACCAAGCUUGACAAGCCGGUCCACCCCAGUGACUUGGAGGCUAGGGCAGGCCAGCCCCCGGCUGCAGGCAGGAGAUGCCCCGUCCCUGGGCACGGGUUAUCCUCGCAGCAGCGCGAGUCGCUUCAUACACACAGACCCAUCUCGGUUCAUGUACACCACCCCCCUCCGCCGAGCAGCCGUCUCUCGCCUGGGGAAUAUCUCACAGAUCGACAUGAGCGAGAAGGGAAGCAGCGAUUUGGACAUGUCCUCUGAAGUUGACGUUGGUGGCUACAUGAGCGAUGGCGACAUUCUUGGGAAGAGCCUCCGAACUGAUGACAUCAACAGUGGGUACAUGACAGAUGGAGGACUCAACCUAUAUACAAGAAGUUUGAACCGAAUACCAGACCUAGCUGCCUCUCGAGAUAUCAUCCAAAGAGGGGUUCACGAUGUGACUGUGGAUGCAGACAGCUGGGAUGACAGCAGCUCGGUUAGUAGUGGCCUCAGUGACACUCUUGACAACCUCAGCACAGAUGAUUUGAAUACCAACUCAUCUGUCAGCUCUUAUUCCAAUAUAACUGCCUCUUCAAGGAAGAACACUCAUCUGAAGACAGACUCAGAGAAGCGCUCAGUUACAGACUGCGAAACUUGGGGCAGCACUGAAGAGCUGAAGAAACCAGAUGAAGACUUUGACAGCAGCGUAGACAGCAGUGGCAAGUGGAAAGGCCUUCCCUCAGGGCUGUCUGAAGAGUCAGAGAAGGGAGGACAGAAAGCAUCACUCUCUGUUUCACAGACCGGAUCCUGGAGGAGAGGCAUGACUGCACAAGUAGGAACAACUCAGUCCAGGCACAAAGCAGGAACAAGUGCACUCAAGACCCCGGGAAAAACAGAUGAUGCAAAAGCCUCAGAAAAAGUGAAAACUCCCUUGAAAGGAGCCUCUAUUCAGCGCUCUCCAUCAGAUGCAGGAAAAAGCAGUGGUGAUGAAGGAAAAAAGCCUCCUUCUGGCAUUGGUAGAUCAACAGCUACAGGGUCUUUCGGAUUCAAGAAGUCCGGGAUGGGAUCUUCUACCAUAAUCACCUCAAGUGGAGCGACUAUCACAAGUGGGUCAGCAACUCUAGGGAAAAUGCCAAAAUCUUCAGCCAUCGGCGGCAAGUCCAACGCAGGGCGGAAAACAAGCUUAGAUGGUUCCCAGAACCAGGAUGAUGGUGUCCUGCACGUGAGCUCAAAGACAACUCUGCAGUACCGAAGCUUGCCUCGCCCAUCAAAAUCCAGCGGCAGCGGGAUCCCAGGCAGGGGUGGCCACCGCUCCAGCACCAGCAGCAUUGACUCCAAUGUCAGCAGCAAGUCUGCGGGUGCUGCUGCCACCAAACUGCGAGAGCCGAGCAAGAUCGGCUCUGGGAGGUCCAGCCCUGUCACCAUCAACCAGACUGACAAGGAGAAAGUGGCUGUGUCUGAUUCUGAGAGUGUCUCACUAUCCAGUUCCCCCAAAUCCAGCCCAACAUCAGCCAGUGCCUCUGGCACAGUGGGGCUUAGGCAGCCAGGAUCCAAAUACCCAGAUAUCGCGUCACCCACCUUUCGAAGGUUGUUUGGUGCCAAGGCAAGUGGUAAAGCUGCCUCUGCACCCAGUACUGAAGGUGUGAAACCCACAUCGGCAAUGCCCAGCCCUAGUACCACAUUGGCACGGCAAGGCAGCCUGGAUUCGCCAUCCUCGGGCACAGGCAGCAUGGGCAGUGCAGGUGGGCAAAGUGGUAGCAGCAGCCCCCUCUUCAGUAAACCUUCGGACUUAAAUGCAGAUGUUGUAAGCUUAAGUCACUCCUUGGCUUCCAGUCCUGCCUCAGUGCACUCUUUCACAUCAGGUGGUCUUGUCUGGGCUGCAAACCUGAGCAGCUCUUCAGCGGGCAGUAAGGACACACCAAGUUACCAGUCCAUGACUAGCCUUCACACCAGUUCCGAGUCUAUUGACCUUCCUCUUAGCCAUCAUGGCUCUCUCUCUGGACUGACAACAAGCACUCAGGAGGUUCAGAGCCUGCUCAUGAGGACUGGAAGCGUCAGAUCUACUCUUUCGGAAAGCAUGCAGCUUGACAGAAAUACACUACCUAAAAAGGGAUUAAGAUAUACUCCAUCAUCCCGGCAGACAAGUCAGGAGGAAGGCAAGGAAUGGCUACGGUCCCAUUCAACUGGAGGCCUGCAAGACACUGGCAGUCAGUCCCCGCUUGUUUCUCCUUCAGCUAUGUCUUCAUCUGCAACUGGAAAAUAUCACUUUUCCAACCUGGUGAGUCCAACCAACCUCUCUCAGUUUAACCUUCCUGGACCCAGUAUGAUGCGUUCAAACAGCAUCCCAGCACAAGACACUUCUUUUGAUCUGUAUGAUGACUCCCAACUGUGUGGCAGUGCUACAUCCUUAGAAGAGAGACCACGAGCAAUUAGUCAUUCAGGUUCAUUCAGGGACAGCAUGGAAGAAGUACAUGGGUCCUCAUUAUCACUUGUCUCCAGCACAUCCUCUCUCUACUCUACGGCAGAAGAAAAGGCACAUUCAGAGCAAAUUCAGAAACUUCGGAGAGAGCUGGUUGCAUCACAAGAGAAAGUUGCUACCCUUACAUCUCAGCUUUCAGCGAAUGCUCACCUAGUUGCAGCUUUCGAAAAAAGCUUGGGAAACAUGACCGGCCGAUUGCAAAGUCUGACAAUGACAGCUGAACAAAAGGAAUCUGAGCUUAUAGAGCUAAGGGAAACCAUUGAAAUGCUGAAAGCCCAGAAUUCUGCUGCACAAGCUGCUAUUCAAGGAGCCCUGAAUGGUCCCGAUCAUACCCACAAAGAUCUGCGUAUAAGACGGCAACACUCUUCAGAAAGCGUGUCCAGCAUCAACAGCGCCACGAGCCAUUCAAGCAUUGGCAGUGGUAAUGACGCUGACUCCAAGAAAAAGAAAAAGAAAAACUGGGUGAACUCUAGAGGAAGUGAGCUAAGAAGCUCUUUCAAACAGGCCUUUGGAAAGAAGAAGUCCACCAAGCCUCCUUCCUCACAUUCAGACAUAGAAGAGCUGACUGACUCCUCUCUUCCUUCAUCACCCAAAUUGCCACACAGCUCUGGAGAGUGUGGUGCAACAUCAAUGAAACCAUCACAGUCAGCAUCUGCGUCAUCUCUAGUCUGGGCACCAAAGAAAAGGCAAAAGGGUCUCAUGGUCUACAGGCAUAGAUCCCGGAUCUGUGAGUGCACAGAGGCAGAAGCAGAGAUUAUUCUUCAGCUAAAGAGCGAGUUGAGGGAGAAAGAGUUAAAACUAACAGACAUUCGUCUUGAAGCUCUCAGCUCUGCACACCAUCUGGAUCAGAUUCGGGAAGCCAUGAACCGCAUGCAGAAUGAAAUUGAGAUAUUGAAAGCUGAAAAUGAUCGUUUAAAGGCAGAGACUGGAAAUACUGGAAAGCCUGCCCGUCCACCAUCAGAGUCGUCAAGCAGCACAUCAUCUUCUUCAUCAAGGCAGUCAUUAGGACUUUCUCUGAACAAUUUAAACGUCACAGAAUCUAUUACAUCAGAUAUUUUGUUGGAUGAGGUCACUGAUGGAGCAGUCCACAAAGAAGGCCAUAGCGUGAAAAUUUUAGUGACUAUAAACAAGGGCUAUAGUCGAGCCAAGGAUCAAAAACCACAUGCAUAUUUGAUAGGGUCAAUUGGAGUCAGCGGAAAAACAAAAUGGGAUGUUUUAGAUGGUGUAAUCAGACGUCUCUUUAAGGAAUAUAUUUUCCGAGUGGAUCCAACUGCUAGCCUGGGUUUAAGCUCUGACUGCAUUGCUAGCUAUUGUAUAGGGGAUGUAAUUAGAUCCCACAGCCUAGAAGUGCCUGAACUGCUGCCUUGUGGUUAUCUGGUUGGGGAUAACAAUGUCAUCACUGUGAAUCUGAAAGGAGUGGAAGAAAACAGUUUGGACAGUUUUGUGUUUGACACAUUAAUUCCUAAGCCAAUUACCCAGCGGUACUUUAAUUUACUGAUGGAGCAUCACAGAAUUAUUCUGUCGGGACCCAGUGGCACAGGAAAGACCUAUUUAGCUAACAGGCUGGCUGAAUAUAUUAUAACUAAAUCUGGCAGAAAAAAAACUGAAGAUGCAAUUGCAACUUUUAACGUAGAUCACAAGUCAAGCAAGGAUCUUCGACAAUACCUAGCAAACCUAGCUGAGCAAUGCAGUGCUGACAACACUGGUGCUGACCUCCCUGUGGUCAUAAUUCUUGAUAACCUCCACCACAUCAGUUCACUAAGCGACAUCUUCAAUGGUUUCCUUAACUGUAAAUAUAAUAAAUGUCCCUAUAUUAUUGGAACCAUGAACCAGGGAGUUAAUUCUUCACCAAAUCUGGAGCUGCAUCACAAUUUCAGGUGGGUGUUGUGUGCUAAUCACACAGAGCCUGUUAAAGGUUUCUUGGGCAGAUAUCUGAGAAGGAAACUGAUUGAGACUGAAAUAGAAAAGAACAUACGCAAUAAUGAGCUCAUCAAAAUCAUUGACUGGAUCCCCAAGACAUGGCAUCAUCUCAACAGCUUCCUAGAAACGCACAGCUCUUCAGAUGUAACCAUUGGUCCCCGCCUCUUCCUCCCCUGCCCUAUGGAUGUUGAUGGCUCCAGAGUAUGGUUCACAGACCUCUGGAACUAUUCCCUGGUGCCGUAUCUUCUGGAAGCUGUGAGAGAAGGACUUCAGAUGUAUGGCAAGAGGGCACCCUGGGAGGAUCCUUCCAAGUGGGUAGCUGAUACCUAUCCAUGGAGCUCUGCAACUCUACAGCAUGACUGGCCCUCAUUGCUUCAGUUGAGACCAGAAGAUGUUGGUUAUGAAGGUUAUGCAUCAGCAAAGGAAGGAACAACCUCAAAGCAUGUUCCACAGACAGAUGCCGAGGGGGAUCCCUUGAUGAAUAUGCUAAUGAGGCUUCAAGAGGCAGCCAACUAUUCGAGCGCACAAAGCUGUGACAGUGAUAGCACCAGCCACCAUGAUGACAUUUUGGAUUCAUCCCUUGAAUCAACUCUCUGAACAAGGGACAAACCUUGGUGGAGGAUUAUGGUAAAAUCUGUUUCCACUAGACCACUGCCGGUAUUAAAGCAGCAUGCCAAGGUCCCUGAGUGAGAAUGGUGUGUUGUAGGUAGGCAGGACACCUAACUCUGCAAAGUCAGGAAGAAAAAUUGAAGUGGAAAGCUUGAAUUAGUUUAAUUUCAAGGCAUUUCAAUACUUAUGGAGCCAAGUGAGACUCCAUUUGUCAACUGGAAAGGGCCCUAGACCAAGGGCAUCUAAGCAAAUUGCACACGUGUUAGCCAAACUGGAAUAUUUUUUUUCCCCUUUUCCUCUUUCUCUCUGUCUCUGUUUCUCUAUAACAGUUUACAGUGCAACUUCUUUUGUGUUUUGUUUUUUCUUUUCCUUUAGUUUACCCUGAGGCUCUGCAUGAACAAUGCGGUCUUCUAGUUCUCUUCUAACCUCUGUUGUGCCACAUGGUGCUGGUCACAGGACUGCAGUGGUGUUUGUGUUGUACACUACUGCCCAUUCCAAAACAAGUCAAAGAUGAUGAUAGUAACUCAGAAAGCACACAUAGUAUUGUGCAAUCACCAGAAAACAUGACUGUGAUAUGCUGGAUAAGUGCCAAUUUAAUUCUAACUGCCAUGGUCACGGUGAUGCGCUCCAUCAAGUUUUUAGUACACAAGUCACAGAUUUUAUAAAGUUGUUUUUACCACAAACGUCUUUUUUAACCACCUGCCCGCUCCUUAACAACAGUUUUAUACCAAUUAUUAACCAACACUGAUUAAAGGCUUUUUAGGGCUUCAUUUGUUUGAGCCUUUUCAGUGAAAGAAGGAACAUUUCUUAUGGUGCUGUCUCACUGCCUUAAAACAGAUUUCUAGAACAGUUUUACAGUUGGUUUAAUUCCUAAACCAUUGGUAAUUUACACUGUUUCUUUUUCUUCAUUUACUAAUGAGAAAACGUCAGUUUAACACAGUAGCCUCAUAACUGUAUAUCAUGAUUUUUUAAAGAAAUGGAUAGGAGAAAGAACAGUUGCUAUAUAAUAUUUUUAUCUUGUGAAUAGAUUGCUCUGCCUACCCUCAGAAAUACACAAGGAACCCAAACCCACUUACACUGCCACCUAAAUGCUGAGAAAAUCAGUUCAAAUCCAUUUGGUCCCAUGGAAUGGAGUUUUUGGAGGACAGAUGUUUUGAAUUCUUAUCCAGCAGAGCUGGAUGCACUUGAUGCAGCAUGAGCACAAAUAUAUGGGUUGUUUUUUUUUUCCUUUUUCUAGUUCUAGCAUGUUGUUUUGAUUGCUAUUGUUGUACAUGAAGAGUUCAGCAUAAAAGAACACUGAAGCAGUGAUGUCCACUGUGGAAGAGAAAGAGUUUAUACUGUAAAAGUGGGUUGGUUUUGCACAGUCUACUGGGUGGGUAUUGUAAAUACUGGAAAAAAAAAAAAAAAAAGAAAAAAAAAAAAAAGCCUUGCACAAAUCAAACUGAAAACAAACAAACAAACAAAAUGUAUUUUAUUCUGUUGGUGUUAAGAGAUGUUUCACUUGCUGAGAUCACCUGUAUGUUGCAAACAAAUACAGAAUGCAAAACUUUAAAACUCUUAUUACCUGGUGUGUUUGUCCUGUACUUACAGUUGUUAUGACUAUGCAGGAGCUAUCAAUGCUACAGUGAGCAUGUUUCAAUAUCUAUAGGAAGCCAGUACAUUUUGGGGGGAAAUAAUCUGAAAAUAUUUGAAGUGCAUAUGUCACUGCAGGCUCCAACCAGAUUGCAUUCCAACUGCUCAGAAUAAUUUGGAACACUCUUUUUAAGGCAAGAGGUUUCCAGUUAAAAUAAGUGCAUAUAAACAAGAAGGUAUCUAAGGGCUUUGGCAUUGUGUAGACAUGUACUGUACACCUCCAUGGAUGUUACCUUCAGGAUGUGUAUUUGGUGCUAU